CUGCAUUGAAGCAGUCCUGGGGCAAAAAAUGUGUCCUAAGGUGAUGGAAAACUAUGUGGCGUCGAUGGUGUUGAGUGCAGUUGGUGACACGCUGGGCUAUUACAAUGGGAAAUGGGAGUUCCUGCAGAGUGGCCCAGCUAUCCACAAGGAGCUAGCGGAGAUGGGGGGACUCAGCAACCUCAGCAUCCGAGGUUGGAAAGUCAGUGAUGAUACGGUGAUGCACUUGGCCACGGCCGAAGCCCUGGUAGCUGCCGGGAAAAACCCAAAUUUAGAGCAUCUCUAUUCCCUGAUUGCAAAGAACUACAAGGAGUGCAUGAAUGACAUGAAGGGCAGAGCUCCAGGUGCCACGUGUAAGGAAAAUGCGCUGAAGCUGGAUCCGGGCGGGGGGGGGAGGAUCACAUUCAGCCCCCAGGCGGGGGGCUGCGGGGCCGCCAUGCGCUCCAUGUGCAUCGGGCUGCGUUUCCACCGCCCCGCUGAGCUGGACACCCUGGUGCAAGUCAGCAUCGAGAGCGGCCGAAUGACCCACCACCACCCCACCGGCUACCUGGGGUCCCUGGCUUCGGCCCUCUUCACGGCUUUUGCGGUGAAUGGGGUGCCCCCCCCGGCCUGGGGGAAGGGGCUACUGGGGGUGCUGCCGCGGGCGAAAGCCUAUGUGCGGCACACCGGCUUCUUCGUGGAGGAGAACAUGGGGCAGUGGCAUUACUUCGAAGAGCAAUGGGAAAAAUACCUGGCAGAGAGAGGCAUAUCAGACAGGGUCUCGCCGCCCACCUUCCCCCCCAAGUACGGCGUGGAAGAGAGAGACUCGUUCUACACCUCCCUCAGCUACGACGGCUGGGGGGGCAGCAGCGGGCACGACGCCCCCAUGAUCGCUUACGACGCGCUGCUGGGCGCGGGGGACUCCUGGGCAGAGCUGGCUCACCGGGCUUUCUUCCAUGGGGGCGACAGCGACUCCACCGCCGCCAUUGCGGCCUGCUGGUGGGGGGCCAUGCACGGCUUCCGUGGGGUCAGCGCCUCCCUCUACGCCCACCUGGAGUACAGGGACCGCCUGGAGCAGGUGGCCAAGGACUUGGUACCGCAUCGCCGGGGGGGCGGGGGGCGGCAGGGCCCCCCAGGGGCACGCUUACCCCACCUGCCGCCCCUCCCUCGCUCAAGGUUUUGCAAACUCAGUUUGCAAACCUGCUGGAUUAAAGCAUGCAAGUGUAAGCCAGAGCCAGGCCUGCUUUUUUCUGUUUGUGCGUGUUGGCUUCAGUGGGGAGGCCAUUUUGGAGCUAGCAGCUUGGGGCUUGCGGGCAGUGGGUGGGGGAGAGCAGUUACAAGGGGCUUUGAUGGGACCACGCAACAGUGCAUAUGUCCCUUGAGCAGCCGAGCCUCGAGACAUUCCUCCUCGUCAGCAUGGCGGCUGCACAUCGUCUGGUCCCCAAGGGGAGCAGCAGCACCUGCUGCAGCGUUGCUAGCGAUGAUCCAGCAGCAGGACAGGCAGCAAAACCCACACAAGCUGCCCCAAACCAGGGUCCUGCCCAUAUGAGCAUGCCGGAGGGGGUCAGGGACGCAGGCCUGGCCGCAGGGAGCGUGCAUGGGCUGGCAGAGAUGCCUCCCAGCAAACCCACGGUGGCUAGCCCACGCUCGCCGCCCUGUACUGCUGACGGGGAGUGCCGGGGACACCACUUGCCAUCCAGCACUGAGCAUGUGUAAAGCUAAAACCUCUGCUCCUUAGCACAGAGAUUAUAGCAGGUACAGCCCAAGACAACCUACCGGAGGUGGGGGGAGCAAACAGCCAGUUGCGUCCGGGGACAACAGAGUUUUCUCAUACAAUUAUUUUAGCAGAGGAUAUUUUUUUGUUUUAAAUGAAAAAACCCAAACCCAACCUGACAGCUGCGUCGGCAGUGCAUUUUGCACAAUUUCACAGCACUUUUGCUAUACAGGUAAGAAUGUAUCACGCUACUUCCCAAAUUCAGUUAAUGGGGGAGUUCAAGACUACUAACCAAACCCUUAUUCCAGGUGAAAGUGGGUAAUGAGAAUUAAAAGGUUGCAUUUUACAUCAACUUAAGCAACUUCUGUAGUGAACUAUAUUAUUCUGCUUACAUCAAGGUUACUAAAGAUGAUUUGCUUAACAUUUGCUAUGGACAAUUCUAUAAAAAAUAUGUUUUUUCUUCAAAUCCAGACUAUGACACAGCAAAGUACUUACUAUUUUCAGAGCAAUUUAAAAAAUGGUGUGUCCCAUUCAAUAAGCAGACCUGACGUGC